AUGCCAGCCGACGACUUUUACGAGCUUGGCGGAGAGGGUGUCACUGCUCUCAUGGAUACCAAGAGAGGCGACAGAGUCAUGCACCAUGUCGCAAAUACUCACCCGUGGCAUUCGCACGCACACGAAGAUAAAGAGAGCAGCAGAUCUCGCUCGCGCAGGCACAAUGGACGUGGUGCUCAGCCACAGCGAUCGCCAGAGCCCAAAGGCUCCGUUUAUGCGGGCUGGUCGAUCAAGUCGCUAUUUCAGGGAGGGAACAGUGAUGAUCAGAAGAAGGAAAAGGAGAAGAGGAAGAGACGGCCACGAGCUGCAUCCGAGCCUCAUAGAUCGCCUCCUCCAGUGUCACCAUCCGAGUCCCAGGCACCCGCGAUCGACCAUGCGAAGGAAAGCCGUCAAGUGGAAGAACGACGCGAGAGAUUUCGCCACGCAAAGAACAGUUACAUUCCUGUUCAAGCGACACGAGAUGUGAAUGGAUUGCAGUUCGAUCUGUCUCGUAUGCAGGCCGACGUGGGAAAGGCUGUCAAGGACGCUGCGGGUCGUUGUAGUGUCGAAUCGACGAGGCGAUGGUAG